AUGACGGCGGCAUCCCCGACCCUGGACCCCACGGUGCAGCGCGGACUGCUGCAGGGCGUGGCGAACCGCUGGGAGGCCACCAUGGAGCAGGUGUCCGCGCUGCUGGGCCACGACAUGCUGGGCCUGCCGCUGCUGUACAGUCUCCUGCAGAUGUCCAUCGGGCUGGUGACGUCCACCGCGCAGGCCGUGCAGGAGGACACGCUCGCCUGCAUCCGCCUGUACAGGCUGAUGGACAUCCUCAUGUACCUCACGAGGGUGGCCUCCCUCGCCGUGACCGCGGGCUGGCUGUACAGGGAGGCCAAGGAGACGGAGACGAUCCUCGGCACGCUGGACACCACGGCCUGGCCGGCCAGGGAGCGCCACCGCGUGCGACACCUGCUCCGCCUGAGCCGGGAGACGAAACAUUUUCGCGUGUGCGGGAUAGUCAGUUUGGACCACGGCCUCCUGUUCACGAUAAUGGGCAACACGGCCACGUUCGUGGUCAUGCUGCUCCAGCUCCCGAUCCUCACCCCGGGGAAGGCGGCCGAGCAGCUGAACCAGACGGAGGCCAAAGCUGCCGCCGCCGAAUGA